AUUGGUCGAUCAAAGGAUACUUGACCCCACAUGUAGGAUUUUUGAACACAUCCUUGAGUUGUUUUGGAGCAAUUCGAACUUGCUGUUAGUUUUAAACAUGACGGAGGCUGUGGAAGAUAUUUUCGUUCGGAUAGAACGGGCGUUUCCAAUACUUAGCGAAAAGCUAUUGCAUACUAAGGAAGAAUGCACAGAGGAGGAGUUUGCGAAUCUUGCGGAGGAUGUGCGAGUUCUGAAGCUGUCACAAUUUGUCGAGGAUAUUGUUAUUCAUCAUAUAGAGCAAUACAUUCGUUGGCAUGUAGCACCAGUGUUCUGGGAAAAGUUUGAGAAUACAGAAGACAGUAAACGAGGAUUUGAAUUGUUCAAGUCUGCGGUAGAUGAUCUGUACAGCAAUCUCACCGAGUUUCUACCUCUUUUGAAAAAGUUGGAAUAUUUAAGACAGAACCAGGAUGUGGUUACGGAUCCAUCAAGCGUCGAGAAUGAUAUAGAAGCGCGAUUCAAGCUCAUUGUGAGAGCAACAUUGUUGAGUCAAUUACCUCUGUAUCAUGAAUGUAUUAUAGAACAUUUCUAUAAAAUCGCCUUUAAUGUAUUUUGCAAUUCGGAUAAUUCGUCGCCAGCAGAUGUAUCGGUUAAUGAGAUCCAAUGCGUUGGAUGUGCUCAGGAAGUCGAGAACUGUCAAUGCCAAAUGAUAGUUUACAUAUUUCACGAGACAAACAGAAAACUAAUUGAGCUGAAAUUAUUGGAGAGACUUGUAGGAAAUGUGCUCACAUCGUUAAUUCAUAUUCGUAUCGAGAAUCACGUGAUUCAAACAUGCGACAAAACAUUUGAUGUGUCGCAAUUGAUUCCAUUAGAAAAUUGGCUGGAAACUGUCGUCAUGAGUUGGCUGAUAAGAAUUUAUUCCGGUGGCUUUUCAAAAACAGUAACACUUAGUGACGAAAUUCGUAAUGCCAUAAAUAAAUUUAAACAAAAGUUAUCUCAUUUUCUGUAUGAAACAUAUACCAAGAUAAGAAUCAAUCAUCUCUUUAAUAUAAUAAUAGAAUAUCCCGAGUCACAACCCGCAGUGGAUGAUCUCCGAAUUUGCCUGGAAAGAACCGAUCAACGAAAAGUCUUAAUUAAAAAUUUGCAAGAAGCGAUUAAAACGAGGCUCCUACAUCCUGGUGUGAACACUCCGGAUAUAGUGACAGCUUACAUUGCCGCAAUCAAAGCACUCAAGCAUCUCGAUUCGACGGGAGUUCUUUUGGAAGCUGUAACGGAACCUAUCAAGAGUUAUUUGAGGAGCAGAGAGGAUACCGUACGUUCUGUUGUUAAUAGCCUGCUCGACGAUUCGCCAAGUGAAUUAGCUGACGAAUUGGUAAAGGGAGAGUGUCUGCAACUGGACGACGGUUCGGCGGAUGACGAGACCGAGGAUUGGGAAAAAUGGAUGCCGGAUCCAGUCGAUGCUGAUCCCGCUAAAUCAACGCAGCGCAAGGUGUCCGACAUAAUCUCUACGUUAGUGAACGUCUACGGUAGUCAGGAUUUAUUUGUCAACGAGUACCGAACAUUGCUGGCAGACAGAUUGUUAUCGCAACUCAACUAUCAUACCGAACGUGAGAUACGUCACUUAGAAUUAUUGAAGAGACGGUUUGGAGAGAAUCAGUUGCAUUACUGCGAAGUUAUGCUGAAAGAUGUUUACGACUCGAAAAGAAUAGACGGUAAUAUCCACUCCGAUACCAGUUACAAUCUGCAGAGGGAACUCUUUCCCACUUCCGCGCUCAUAUUGUCGGCACAAUUCUGGCCGCCGUUCAAAGAAGACUGGAAGCUGAAACUACCGAAUAUCGUGCAGAAUCAAUUGAAUAAGUACGUGAAGGCGUUUGAGGCCUUGAAGGGAAAUAGGACGCUCUGUUGGAAGCCUCAUUUAGGAAAUGUGAGUCUGGAAAUUGAAUUGAAAGAUAGAAAGUUGGACAUAAAUGUUACGCCGGUGCACGCAACGAUUAUCUUGCAUUUUCAAGAUAAAAGUGAAUGGGCUUUGCAAGAUUUGGCGGAAGUGAUACACGCUCCAGCAACUGUUUUACGACGUAAGAUGACAUUCUGGGUAUCGCAAGGCCUUUUAAAAGAAACUUCCAAUGAUGUAUACGUUUUGCAAGAAGAAAGUACAUCCAAGAAUCGCUUAUCAACGGACAUUGUUGAGGAGGAGGAAACCGAAAGCGUCAUGGCCUCGGCCAGCGAUCAAAGAGAGGAGGAACUGCAAGUGUUUUGGUCGUAUAUUGUUGGAAUGUUGACGAAUCUAGAUUCGAUGCCAAUAGAAAGGAUUCAUCAGAUGUUGAAAAUGUUUGCAUCUCAAGGACCCGGCGCCGUGGAAUGCGGUUUACCGGAAUUGAGGCAAUUUCUGGAUAGAAAAGUCAGGGAACAUCAACUACUGCUCUCCGGUAGUUUCUAUCGAUUACCAAAAUCAUAAAUUUUUUGUCUCAUUAUUUCAUUCUCGACGUUUUGAUACACGAGAUCACAUUUGUGAGAUUACAUUUGUAUAGUAAUGAUAGAAAAACAUAAUUUGUGAUAUUAAGAUAAAGGCGAUAUCUGGUUUCUUAUUACCACAGAAAAAUAUUUUUCUUGAUAGAGAAAUAAAGUUUAUAUAAUACAAACUUAUAAUGCAUAAAUACUCCAAUAUAUUGAGUAUUUAUAUAUAUACAUAUUUAU